CACGCGUCCUUGCUGCCAUCUCUGCCCACUCUCCCAUCGCUACCAUCGGAGCAGCAUUGUAUAUGGUGAUGGGUUUGCGCAUCGCCAAGAGCAGGAGAAGGCGAUCGUGACACCAGCAGCACGAUCAUCAGCAUCAUGGUCAAAUUCUACAGCACAAAUUACUCUUACGACUACGGCUUCAGUGCCGUUUCUCUGGCAUAUUUCUUGCGCUAUCCGAAUCCUUACUCCCGUCAUGUCGCUUCUACGGAUACCAUAGAGCGGCACUAUGAUCCGGAGACCCAACGACUUACGACUGUACGAUUGCAUUUGAAAAGGAGUCGUUUGCCACCAGCGGUGCUGAAGUUGCUCCCAAAAAGCUCGCUUGGUGCAAACGAAGAUGGGAGCACGCAGAGUUUCAUUUUGGAGAAGAGCGUGGUGGAUGUAAGAGAAGGAUGGAUGCAGACAGAUUCGAGGAACUUGGAUUGGAACAAUGUUUUAUCUGUCAUUGAGAGGCACACGUACCGUCGGCCAGAGGGCACCACUAUCGAGAAUGCAGGAGAUCAGACUGAUGUUGCAGUCAGCGUGACGCUCAAGUCGCGCAUUGGAGAGCAGAUCAGGAAGCGCAGAGAGCGGUGGGGCCAGCAAGCGAACGCGACUUCAGUCCUGGGUGCUGGUGACGCAGCUGAGGAAGAGCCUGUGAAGCAAGGCUUCAUCAGUAGCUGGACAACCGGUGCCGUCCGCUCGGCCAUCGAAUCUAUCAGCUUACAGCGAACCGAGAAGAGCCAGCCCAAAGCGCGACAGGGCAUGUCUGUGGUGCUCGAUCGAUUGCGUGAAGGAGGCGUGCAGGCCGUGCUUGAAGGCAUGCGACAGGACCGCGAGCUGGCACUGUAGUAAGACUCGAAAAAUUGUAAGAAUACUGUUUUAGCGCUGGCGUUGGAUGGGUGGCUAGGCAUUUGUGAUCGUACGUUGUCGACUGCAUCUUCGCUUCGAGAAAGUCUGAGUACUACAUCGAGAGUGCUUGGAGCAAGAGCAGGUAUUAUGACAGCGAGUAUAUAUAUACAUAGCUUGAGAUGGCCCUAAGCCUAUCAGGAUGACCUCUCAACUCGACAAUCGUCACUUCGAGGC